AUGGCUACUUUUGAUGACAACUGGCAGACAAAACGUCCCAAUAUCAGUGAGAGAACCAAAUUCAUUUUCAAUAAUGAAUUACUAAGCGAUGUCAAGUUCGUAGCUCCUGCGUCGAACAGCGAAAGUGAAAGCCGGAAGAGUCAGAAGAGCAUUCCAGCCCAUAAGUUUGUGCUUGCAAUCAGCAGUCCUGUGUUCUAUGCUAUGUUUUAUGGUGAAAUGGCGGAGACUGCAAGCACUAUUGAACUGCCUGACUGUGAUUAUGAGAGUCUGUUGGAGCUGUUUCGUUACUUGUACAGCGAUGAAGUGAACUUAACCGGAAGUAAUGUCAUGCAGGUUCUCUACUUGGCAAAGAAAUAUCUAGUGCCCUCACUCGCUGGUAGGUGCACUGAAUAUCUUCGGGAACAUCUAGAAGCGUCCAAUGCGUUCUCCAUUUUGCCGCAAGCUCAGAAAUUUGAGGAUAAAGAUUUGGAAGAACGAUGCUGGAACGUAAUUGAAUUGCACACUGAAGAAGCUGUGACGUCGGAUGAUUUUGUGACGCUUGAGCGAUCAAUUGUUGAGACUGUCGUGAAGAAAGAAAGGUUGAAUGUAAAAGAAGUGGAUCUGUUCAAAGCUGUUGAUCGCUGGGCCACUAAAGAAGUGGAAAGGCAAGGGUUGACUCCUGAUGGAGAGGUCAAAAGAAGGGUUCUUGGAGAGGAAAUUGUGAAAGCAAUACGGUUUCCAGUGAUGUCAUACAACGAGUUUGCUUCUGUUGUCUGGGAUUGUGACAUCCUGACUAAAAGAGAGCUUGGUGUCAUGAUAAAACACUAUGGCGAUGCCAGUUUAAAGUGUCCUUUGCCUUUCAUCCAUUCCCCCAGAUCUGGCUCGAUCGUACAUCGGUGUUACAGAAUAACAUCGGCACAACCUACUGGUUGGGGCUACGGUGGUAGCGUUGAUGGCCUUGGAGUAACCGCCAGCAAACCCAUCGCGUUACAUGGAGUACAGCAUUUUGGCACUACAGGUGGUAAUUAUUCAGUGUCACUAGAAGUAAAAGAUGCACAAAGUGGUCUCUCUCUGGCAAAACAAACAGGAACACACUCUUCCGAGAAAAAUGACAUACACAGCUAUUACGGAUUUGAUGUCAUGUUUAAUCACCCGGUUCACCUUGAGCAAAAUAAACGAUAUGAGGUUGUAUCCUUUAUCAGGGGCCCUAGAUCGUGGGCUGUGAAAGAGGGAAAAAGUCAUGUUGAGGUUCAAGGAGUCAAGUUUUCUUUCAGUUCCGCAGGUGCUUCUACUAAUGGAACUGACGUGAUUUGCGGCCAGUUUCCUGCAUUUCUUUUCAGCUUACGGUAG